UAAUAAUAUUACAAAAUCAAGAAACAAUAUAGUUAAGAAAACUUAAAAUAAUAUAAAAAAAGAAAGAGAGACAGGCUUAAUCAAAAGCACCAACCAAAGUUACCAACUUCAUCUCAUCACAAACUAAAACCAAAGAGGAGAAAGAAAGAAACAGAGCUGCAACAAUGGCCAUGGAAGAGAAAGACAAGAAAAUCAAGAAGAUCAAGAAGAAGAAAGAUACCAAAUCCUCGCCGGACAUCUCCUUCAAACCUUCCUCCGCCGUCAAAGGCCUCAAAUUCGGCGGCCAGAUAAUCGUCAAAUCAUUCACAAUCCGGCGAGCAAGAACACUCGAGCUCCUAAAACUCCUCUCCCUCCCAUCUUCAUCAUCACCAUCUCCGCCGCUUCUUUCCACGGCGGCGUAUCUUCCGACGAACUUCACGAUCUUAGCUCACCAAGCAUGGCACACACUAACCCUCGGGCUAGGAACAAGGAAGUCCAAAGUGGUUGUCUUCGUGUUCGAAUCGGAGGCGAUGAAGAGGGCGGUUACGGCGGCGGAGGGGGGACUCUGGCCGUCGGAGAUUCCUCUCGGUGAAGUGAACAAGAAGAUGAUAAGAAAGUUAAAGAACUGGGAAAUGGCGAGGUUCAAGUUCAGGAAAGGAUGCCUAACAUUUUACGUAUACGCCGUGAGAAACGCCGGAGGCGAGGGGUUUGCGGCGGCGAAGGACUUAAAGGUAAUUUUACAGGCGGUGGUGGCUUUGAAAGACUUCAUGGAUCAUACGGCGAUGCUAGUAAUGCCCCACCAGAAAGCAAUUAAUUACGCUUCUUACCCUCCUUUUGCCAUGGCUCACUAGAGUGGCCAUCUUUUUAGUUUUUACUCCUUUUUAUUCAUAUAAA